UUUUUGAUCUGAAGUAUGUUUCUAAAUUCAUUUCGCUUUGCUUUAAGGGAUACAAAAUUUAAAUAUUUUUACUGUUUUGUUUUAAGGGAUGUCAAAUUUCUUCCUGAUUGCGUUGGAGCCGAAGUAGAAGCUGAAUGCGCUGAUCCUGCGGUAGGAUCAGUAAUCCUUCUAGAGAACCUCAGGUUCCACGUUGAGGAGGAGGGAAAGGGAGUUGACGCUGAUGGAAAUAAAGUUAAAGCUGACAAAGAAGCUGUUAAAGUCUUCAGAGCCUCGCUCAGAAAGUUGGCUGAUGUUUACGUCAACGAUGCUUUUGGAACCGCCCACCGAGCCCACUCUAGUAUGAUGGGAGAUGGAUUUGAGAAGCGUGCAGCCGGCUUCCUUCUCAAGAAGGAACUCGAGUACUUCGCCAAGGCUCUCUGCAAUCCUCAGCGCCCGUUCUUGGCUAUCCUGGGAGGUGCCAAGGUGCAGGAUAAGAUCCAGUUGAUUGAGAACAUGCUCGACAAAGUUGACGAGAUGAUCAUCGGCGGAGGAAUGGCCUUCACUUUCAGGAAAGUCAUCGACAAUAUGCCUAUUGGAACAUCCCUGUAUGAUGAGGAAGGAGCAAAGAUCGUCAAUAAACUGGUGGAGAAAGCUAAAGCCAACAAUGUCAAGCUUCACUUCCCCGUCGACUUUGUGACCGCAAACAAGUUUGGCGAGGAUGCUGAGACUGGAGAAGCAACUGUGGAAUCUGGAAUUCCGGAUGGAUGGAUGGGUCUUGACUGUGGCCCAAAAUCUCGAGCUCUGUUUUCUGAAGUUGUUUCUAGAGCCAAGGUUGUAGUUUGGAACGGUCCUGCUGGCGUAUUUGAGUUUGAGAAGUUUGCGAAUGGAACUAAGGCUCUGAUGGAUGCUGUAGUGGCCUGCACAGAGAACGGGGGAUGUACAAUUAUUGGUGGAGGAGAUACUGCCACCUGUGCUGCCAAGUAUAAUACUGAGGAUAAAGUUAGCCAUGUAUCUACUGGAGGUGGAGCUAGCCUCGAGCUACUGGAAGGUAAAGUCCUGCCAGGGGUUGCCGCGCUGACCGAUGCUUAAAGAUCUGAACCUAGUAGUAGUGUAGUGAUGUACACAUGUUAGUGCUGUACAUAGCACACCUUAUGUUCAACUGAAAAUACGGCUUUUUAAAACGGACAUUAUUGUACCCAUGCCAAAUGUAUUUCCAAACCUGGUGUAAAUUUUAUGUUAAAUAAAAUUUUAUUUAAAAUAA